AUGUCUCUUCCGCUUACGAUUGCUUUAGUGACCGGCGCAAACCAGGGCAUAGGUCUCGAAGUCGCCAAGAUGUUGUCAGCCGAGAACAUAGCCUAUCAUAUAAUUAUGACUGGUCGGCAACAAGAUGCGAUUGAGAAAGCUGCCCAAGAGCUGCAACUUGAAGGCCACUCUUGCGAGCCACUAGUUCUUGAUUUAGCCUCAGAUAAGUCCAUUGAAGAAGCAGUGGCUUACGUGUCCAAUAAGUACGGCUUCCUCGAUGUCUUGAUCAACAAUGCAGGGAUCGGUGGUGACUCGUCAAAGGGGCCAUGGGCGCGCAAAGAGUGGCAGAAGGUUUUCGACACCAACGUCUUUGGCACCUUCGCCGUGACCGACAGCUUCCUCACACUGCUGGCUAACUCGACAAAGACCAAGCGGAUUGUAUUCGUGUCGUCGGAACUCGGCAGCCUCGCAUGGAAGACCGAACCAUCGAAGGCAUUCGUGCUUCCGUACAAGGUAUACGCCGCCAGCAAGACAGCGCUGAACAUGAUGGCUGUCAAUCUUGCCGCGCGGUUUGCACAAGAUCCUAUAUGGAAAAUCAACAUGGCUUUUCCAGGCCAUUGCGCUACCAGCUUUACCGACUUUCAAGCACCUCGAAGCGCCGCAGUGGGUGCUGUGAGCGUCUGCCGCUUAGCGACCUUGGUGGUGGUGGUACUGUUUAAUCGCCGGCACGUCCCUGCAUAG